AUGCCACCAAAACAUGGAGCUGGAUUUCAAGACCCGAUCAUUGUGGACGAUUCGGAGACAGAGGACGAAGAUGAGGCGCUAAAGAGGGGCGGCGGGGGCGAGGAUAUUUCAGGACCGACUCAGAACGAGGUCAGGCAUGGAACCGCAGCAGGAGGAUCGGUCGGUGGCCUGAGUCUGCUGGUUAGAGCUCAGCUGGAGACUGAGAGGAAAGAACGUGCUGCAAAACGUGCUAUGGAAGAGGCCGGCCCUUCACAGCCGCCAGCCCAACGCUCUCGCAUAACAGGUCCGUCUCGAGACGGAGCUUCCGUUCACAGCCUGACAGAUGCUGGCCAGCCCCGUAGAUCUCUAGCGAAUGAGUCGGGUAUGCAUAAGCAUACUGUCAGCAGCUGUCUUGAGCGCAUACAAUCUAGAGAUCGCUUUUGGGACGGAACAGUGAGGGUGAGCCUUCGCCAGCUUGACCACCAUGCUCACGUGGCCUAGGCUUGCUGACACGAGGCUGUGGCUCUGUGCUGCAUGUAGCGAUCCUACAAUCAUUAUGCCACUCCAGCGCCUGAUGGGAUGCGCUUUGAGGACAUGCUCCUCCCCACCACUGCGAAUGACUCGGCCGGCUGCACCCAUAUUCUUUUCAGCAGCUUCUGCGCUGAUCCCACCUGGCUACCAACUUUGGUGCCCAGCGGCUCGAGGGCACCUCAUGUGACCCUUGUUGACGACAUGCAGAAGGCGGUUGGUAGUCUGACGUUCGCGUAGAUGUUGAUGCUGUUGCUCAUCAUCCUCUCUCCUUGCAAAUCGCAGAGCACUGCGGAGAUCAAGAGAUUGUGGCCGGCAAGCUGGACUUAUGUUGCUCCCAAGCGGCCCAGAGAAGGAGCAUGGGGCGUGCAGCACGUCAAGAUAGUGAUGUUGAAGUACCCUGAUCGAUUGCGCAUCUGUAUCUUGACCGGAAAUUUGAUCGAAUACGACUGGUAUCAAGUCGAAAAUGUGAGUACAAGCACUCGCAUGCUCGCGCCGUGCCCAGCAAGACGCCAAGACUGAGCCCUCAAUCGCAGCUGGCAUAUGUUCAAGAUUUUCGCAGGUUGCCAGAGGGCCAGGAAGCUGUCAGCAGGGCUUCGGAUGCUUUCAAGCAGCUUGCCACUCUGUUCGACUCCUGGGAUAUGAAGUCUCAGGAGCACCCUUGCGUAAAAGCUCUCGAGCAGUAUGAUCUCUCGGCAUUCGGGGGAGGCUCGGGUGCGCGCUUGUGUGCCAGCUUCCCUGAGCCAGGCCUGGCAUCAGUCUGGGGAUGGAAGUCGAUCGAGACUCGUGGAUUAGGCCGUUUGAAACGCAUUAUCGACGAUCUCAAGAUCACUCCGCGUCGAGGCGGCAUGCAGCUUUUGACGCAGGUGUGUGACAAGCACGAUUGGCUCGAUUUGCUAAUCGCGCUCACGCAGAUCUUAUCCCGCUAGGGCUCUUCGUUGGGUGGACGUAGCAACGUCUUGUGGCUACAUCACCUGCACUUGAUUGCAUCGGGUCUUGGACGACUAGUGCCUCUGCCUGCUGGCACAAGCCAAGUAAAAGGAGCACAUAAAUCUGCUCUGAGCUCAGCAGCGAUCCCAGAAGCCUGCGACACUGGAGAAGUUGUGGAUUUUGGUGAUUGGCCUCCGGUUCGCAUUCAGUUUCCCACUCUCGCCCAAGUAGAUGAGGCUCCUGGAGGAAGAUCAUCGGCCGGAACAUUCUUUGCCAAGACGGCUGAAAUUGACAAGUGGGUCUGUCGUAACGUUUCGAGUCAAACUUCAAAAUGACGCUGACAGACCAUCAGCAAUGUUGCGAUGUUGUUUCAGGAAUCGACAAGUAAUGCAUCAGCCUGCCAGUCAGCGGGGCAAAAUUCUCAUGCAUUUGAAAAUCAUCUUUGCCCUUCAGCCUGGGGUUACUUGGGAACCUUCUCCGUCGCCGUCACGCAAAGGACAAAGUGCGUCAUCAAGUUGGUCCUCAACAGGUCGCACCUUGGGUGGUAGCAGCAGCGCCUCCACGGGGUCAGAGGCUGUUUGCAUGCCACUUGAUGCAGAAUCAGCACGAGAGCAAGCCAAGCAGCGAGUGCUAGAGAAGAGGAGGAAGGCAGAAUUCGUCGGUUGGCUGUACAUGGGUAGUGCGAACUUGACAGCCGCAGCCUGGGGUCACAUUAGCAAGCCGAAAGACGCUGGAAGCCCAACGGUGCGCACCGCAACGAUGCUACGCCUUGUCACUAACAUUGUAGCGCUGACAAGAAGCUCGAAAAUUGCAGAUGACUGGCCUGUUGAAUCACGAGCUGGGAAUUGUUUUUCCAAUCUCGCGCGAGGACCUGAGCGCUGAUCAUCCAAGCUUUGCACGAGACGCGCUCGCUUUCCAUCACAAGCCGAAGCCUUACGGGCCCGCCGACAAAGUGUGGGACCAGCAAAAGUUUGGCGUUGGUCCUUGA